CCAAUGGAGAUAGAGGUGUGUUUCCGUAAAAUUACCAACUCUUGCAGUUGUCUACAGCGAGGUCUACUGAUUCCCAGUGCUCCCUCACAUCUACCCAAUCCACAACGCUGACAAUUCACUGACCAAUCUCAUAUCAUCACUGUAGGGAGCUACACCCAUUUCACAGGAUACUUUUUUCUCUUUUCUUUCUUAUGGUUGUUGAAUCUCUCUGUCUGGUUUUGAUUAUUGUUGUUUUGUCUGUUACCAUUCAAUGACUGUCUCUCUCUCUCUCUCUCUCUCUCUCUCUCACUGGCCUUUGUUCCUUACAAUUUAAUUUUAAAACUGUCAGAAAAGGAAACCUCGAAAAACAUCAAAUGGAAGAUUGACACCGGUGAAGAGUUUUACUGCAACCCAUAGGGUGUUUUGCCCAACUCUCACAACUGGGCCAGAAAAUGAUGGAUUGAUUCCAUUUUGGUUCAUUUCUUGGUUGAAACUUUCACAACUGGGUUUUGUUGGUGUUUCCAGAAAAUGAUGGAUUGAUUGCAAUUUUGGUCCAUUUCUUGGUUGAAACUUUCAUAAUUGGGUUUUGUGGGGGGCUGUUGUUUUUUUCUUCUUCUCCAGAACAUGAUGGAUUGAUUGCAUUUUUGGUCCAUUUUUUAUUGAUCAUUGCUUAGAGUGUAGGGUUUUGUGAGUUUUGCUGGAUCAUGAUGAAUUGAUUCCAUUUUUGGUCAAUUUCUUGAUUGAUUAUUGCUGAGAAUGAAGGGUUUUGUGGGUUUUGCCAGAACAUGAUGGAUUGAUUAUAUUUGGUCCAUUUCUUGAUUGACUAUUGCUUAGAGUGAAGGGUUUAGUGGGUUGUGCCAGACACAUGGUGGAUUGAUUCCAUUUGGGUUCAUUUCUUGAUUGAUUGUUGCUGAUUGAUUGUUGCUGAGGUUGUAGAAUUUGGGGGCUAUGGAAGAAGAGAGGAUUGAGGAGAUCAGUGUUAGGUUGGUGGGCAGAACUGGUGGUGGGGAUGGAUCUGCCUCUGCCCGGUGGGUUGAUGGCAGUGAAGUGGACUCUGAGUCCCCUCCAUGGUCACUGCUUGAUGAAAAUGAGAGUAGAGAAUCUAGAGAUGGGUAUGGAUCUGUCAGGAGAAGGUUAGUCAAGAAGCCCAAGAGGGUUGAUUCAUUUGAUGUUGAAGCCAUGGAAAUUACUGGUUUUCAAGAUCACCAUGCCAAGGAUCCUUCCCUUUGGCAAACUGUUGCAUUGGCAUUUCAAACACUCGGUGUUGUAUAUGGUGACAUGGGCACGAGCCCUUUAUAUGUCUUUACUGAUGUGUUCAGCAAGGUGCCUAUCAAGUCAGAUGUUGAUCUCUUAGGGGCAUUAUCACUAGUAAUGUACACAAUUGCCCUGCUACCUUUAGCUAAAUAUGUUUUCGUAGUGCUCAAAGCUAACGAUAAUGGGGAAGGUGGAACAUUUGCUCUAUAUUCGCUGAUCUGCAGGUAUGCAAAAGUUAAUUUGCUGCCAAAUCGUCAACAGGCUGAUGAAGACAUCUCGAGUUUUAAGCUCAGAUUGCCCACUCCAGAGUUAGAAAGGGCUUUGGGUAUAAAAGAGGCCUUGGAACGGAGAUCCUACUUGAAAACCCUUCUCUUGCUUUUGGUUCUGAUGGGAACUUCCAUGGUAAUAGGAGAUGGUAUUCUGACCCCAGCAAUAUCAGUCAUGUCUGCUGUGAGUGGUCUGCAGGGUGAAAUUUCAGGAUUUGGUACAAAUGCUGUAGUUAUCGUCUCAAUUGUUAUCCUCAUAGGGUUGUUUAGCAUACAGCAGUUUGGGACUGGUAAAGUGGCUUUUGCAUUCGCUCCUGCACUUGCUUUGUGGUUCUUUAGCCUGGGAUGUAUUGGACUUUACAACCUAAUUAAGUAUGAUACCAGUGUUCUGAGGGCCUUCAAUCCAGUUUAUAUUUAUUUUUUCUUCAAGAACAACACAGUAAAGGCUUGGUCAGCUCUUGGUGGUUGUGUUUUGUGCAUUACAGGAGCUGAAGCAAUGUUUGCUGAUUUAGGCCAUUUCUCUGUACCGUCAAUACAGAUUGCCUUCACUUGUGUGGUAUUCCCCUGCCUUCUGUUGGCUUACAUGGGUCAAGCUGCAUAUUUAAUGAAAUACCCCGACUCAACGGAACGAAUAUUCUACGAUUCUAUCCCAGAUGGCUUUUUCUGGCCCAUUUUUGUGCUAGCCACAAUUGCUGCUAUAAUUGCCAGUCAAGCCAUGAUAUCUGCUUCAUUUUCGUGCGUCAAGCAAUCCAUGGCUCUUGGAUGCUUCCCAAGGCUGAAGAUCGUUCACACCUCGAGGAGGAAGAUGGGUCAAAUUUACAUCCCUGUCAUCAAUUGGUUUCUAAUGAUCAUGUGCGUGAUGGUGGUUGCAACCUUUCAGAGCACCACAGACAUAGCAAAUGCAUAUGGCAUAGCAGAAGUCGGUGUCAUGGUUGUCAGCACUACAUUGGUGACACUAGUGAUGCUUCUAAUUUGGCAAACCAACUUGUUUCUGGCUCUUU